AUGAAGAUUAUUACUUGUUUAUUAUUAUUUAUUCUUCUGAUUAUAUGUAUUGAAUCGAAAGUAGCAAUUCGUACGUAUGUAGUAGUACAAAAUGGAAAAGCCAAUCGAAAUAAAUUAUAUGGGUUUACAAUAUUAGAUUCAAAAGAAGAAACAGCUUUAUAUCGAUUAAAAGUUUCGUCACGUGAUAUCGAUACUGCUAUACUUGUUGAUAAUCCUGGAAAGAAUAUCGUGGCUAAUCUUGAAGAUGCAUGGAAAAAUAGAAAAGCUAAUGUUACAUUUUCUAUUUAUGAUUAUAAGUUAAAUAAAUGGACAGAUGGAAGUAUACAAAAAAAAUUACGUUUCUUAUCUACUGAUUAUACAGUGAAAUAUAAUGAUGAGCAAUUUAUUGCAAAACGGAAAAGUCUUCCAAAAAGAAUAGAAGUUUAUCAUAAAAAUCAAAAUGAAUUAUUAGCUGAAUGGCGACGUCGUACUAAGCCGCUCUUAUCGAAGCGUGCUAAAUAUGAUGUGAAAAUCUAUUCGAAUAAAGUACCUGAUGCUAUUUAUUUUUUCUUACUGUUAAUGAUGCAUCAAUGA